UCGGUAUAAAAGCUUAUCACUCACCAAUUUCAUAAUAGUAUUUUCUGUGCUUAAUCCACAAACGGACAACAUGAAGCUUAUUAUUUUGUCUGUAGCCCUUUUCGCUACCGUCUUCGCCGACGUAUCCCACUUGGCCGACCAGCAGGUCCCAAUCAUCCGUUUGGAAUCCGACAUCUCUCCUGAGGGAAGCUACCAAUGGGCUCUUGAAACCGGUAACGGAAUCGCCGCUCAAGAAGCCGGUCAAAUCCGCGCCCUUGGACCGGAACAAGUAGCUAAGUCUGCCCAAGGUUCCUUCCAAUGGACCUCCCCCGAAGGAGUGCCAGUAGCCAUCCAAUACGUAGCUGACGAAAACGGUUACCAACCAUCCGGUGACGCCAUCCCACAACCACCACCAAUCCCAAUUGCCAUCCAGAGGGCUUUGGAAUACAUCGCCGCUCACCCACCACCACCAGAAAGGCCAUGAAGCUUUUCCCCUUAAUUUUAAUAAAAUUACCAUAAAAGUGCUAAUGUAAGAUUGUGAGGAAGACUGUAAAUAUAAUUGGAAAAUGUGA